UAGAAUAAAAUGAUAUAUUAACUAUUCAUUGAGAAUUUGAUACUGAAUAAUGUUCCGAACGGUGAAGUCCCUCCAGAGGUUGGAGAGAGUUCAGAACAAAAGGAAUUUUUCUCGAAAUAUUCUGAAGGUUCUCGCGGACAGGGAUCUUAUACAAGAUACAUUUCCCAAUCAAAAGGUUUCUGAGUUUGUUCGAUUACUUGAGAAGAGAUCCUGGGGUGUAUAUGCAGGAUUCGAUCCUACAGCUGAUAGUCUUCAUAUUGGAAACCUGAUGGUUAUCAUGGGACUAAUUCAUGCUCAGCGUAGUGGACAUACACCAAUAGCAUUAAUAGGUGGUGCAACCGGGCAAAUAGGAGAUCCGAGCGGAAAGAGUAAAGAACGCCCGUCACUAGAUCUCUCAAUCCUAUCCUCUAACAUCCUGGGUAUCAAAUACGACCUCGUCAAUAUAUUUAACAAUCAUAAAGAAUAUUUGUGGAGGCCGGAGGCUGGUGAGCUAAAGGAGCUGGAGAUAGUGAAUAACGAGGACUGGUAUCAGAACAUGAAUAUAAUCGAGUUCCUGGGAACCAUUGGCAGACAUUUCCGUGUUGGAACAAUGUUAGGAAAACAUUCUGUAAAAUCCAGAUUAAACUCUGAUGAUGGAAUUUCAUUGACAGAAUUUACAUAUCAAACAUUUCAAGCUUACGAUUGGAUGAAACUAUAUAAAGAUUCCGAUAGUUUGAUUCAGAUAGGGGGCAGUGAUCAGCUGGGUAAUAUAUCAGCCGGACAGGAGCUGAUUAGUAGAGCACUAGAUAAACAGGUUUUGGGUAUAACGGUUCCUCUGAUGGUUUCUGAGUCUGGUAAUAAAUUUGGUAAAAGUUCUGGUACUCCAGUCUGGUUAAACUCUGGGAAAACAAGCUCCUUUGAGGUUUACCAGUUCAUGCUUCGAAGGCCUGAUUCUGAGUUGGAGAAGUUAUUAAAGUAUUUUACUUUUCUUCCGCUAGGGGAGAUCGAGAACACGUUGAGAAAACACGAGAAGAACCCGGAGUCAAGGUACGGACAGGAGAAACUAGCGGAGAACCUAACCUUGCUCUUACACGGAGAAGCAGGGUUAACUUCAGCCGUCAGAGCGACAAAUGUGAUCUACAAUAAUGAUAUCAGCGAACUAGCUAAGCUAUCCCUAUCUGAUACUCGGGAUUUAUUUAAGCAAGCUGAUUAUAUUCAGAAACUUUACACACCUGGUCUUUCUAUUUUAGAUUUUGCCCUGAGUAUUGGUUGCUUUAAAACCGAACGAGAUGCUUUAAGAAUAAUCAGUGCCGGAGGAUUCUAUUUGAACCAGAGCAGGUCGAUGAACCCUGAUGAGAUCUUGGUUCACGGGAUACACAUCCUCGACAACAACCUCAGUAUGGUCAGGGUCGGGAAGAAAAAUUAUUAUAUUGUUGAAUGGACGUAAUCUUGUUCAUGGAAACUGAUUUUCUGGGUUUAAAAAGAUGUGAUUUUCGAAACCAAACUGAAACAUGUGUUGUUUGUAAACUCAUUGUUUUGAGUUGAUUCGUCGUGAUUGUUUACGGUUUAGAGGGUCCGGCGAGAUGAAAAUUUUAACGAACUUUAAAUUUCAUUUUUUCAGAAA